UCGGUGCCAAGCCGGGGCUGGUAGUGGGUUUAGGAAGGCGGCCAUCGUUAUCGCUUGUGUUUGCGACUUUGCGUUGCAUUCUAUACCACAAAGGCCUUACAGGACAGUAAUAGGAUGCACGUUAUCGGAAUAGUGUAUAUAAUAUAUUUCCUCGUCUUCCUUUGCGCACUAGCAAAACUCUACCUUGUAGGUAUGCUUUAAUCUACAAACAUCAUGAAGCUCAUUACGUUUAUUUGGUUUAUUGCGAUUCUUGAGACCACUGCUCUGGCUAGCCUGAAUGGUAGCGUCCGGUUCGAAGGUUUCAAAGUUUAUAGGAUAGAAACGGGCGACUACGCUGCCGACCUAUCAUCAACAUUUGAGGAUUUAGCUGUCGUAGAGCUUAGCCGUAAUCACGGUCAUGGAAGCUUAGCCACCAUCGAUAUCGCAGUUCCUCCGGAAUAUGUUGCAGCCUUCGAUACGCUUGACCUCAACGUCACCAUACUAAGUAAAGACUUAGGAGCAGACAUUGCGACAGAAGGUCCCCUAGGUAGCUACCCAGAACUUGAUGAUCAUGGUCUUCCUAGUUUAUCUUGGUUCGACUCAUACCAUGCUUAUGGCGAUCAUGUUCGCUACUGGGCCGACCUCCAGGCUGCGUUUGUUAACAACUCGGAACUUAUCCAAGUUGGAAGCUCGUUUGAGGGGCGAGCUAUCCAGGGAAUUCAUCUCUGGGGUAUCAGUGGCAAGAAUUCAAAGCCAGCAGUCAUCUUCAAUGGGAACGUACAUGCUCGUGAAUGGAUCACCUCUAUCGUGGUCGAGUACCUCUUAUACCAGCUUGUGACUGGAUAUAAGAACGACACGACAGUACAAGCGGCGCUAGAUAAUUACGAUUUCUAUGUCCUUCCAGUUGUGAAUCCCGAUGGAUUCGUAUAUUCCCAAACAACGAAUCGACUCUGGAGGAAGAAUCGUCAGACGAGAGACAACACGACCGCAGUCGGCACCGAUAUCAACCGAAAUUGGUCUGUCGGGUUCGGUGGCGGUGGGUCUUCCUCCAACCCGGGUUCCGAGACAUUCAGUGGUUACCGACCCGGAGACGCGCCGGAAACUGCCGCACUAAUGGAGUUCGCUCAAACGCUCGCUACUGACAAAGGAAUCAAGUUGUAUAUUGAUUGGCACAGUUAUGCGCAAGUGAUCUUACUCUCAUACGGCUACACUUGUGAUAGCUUCCCACCAAAUAUCGACCGUCAAAUAAGUCUAGCUAGCGAAACAGCAGCCAGGAUUGCCCAGCCUUACAACACAACCUUUGAGUAUGGCCCUGGGUGUCUAGUGUUGUACCAAUCGAGUGGGAAUGGCAGGGAUUAUAUGACCGAUGCAGCUGGGGCGGAGUUUGGAUGGGGAAUCGAGCUUCGAUCCACCUCUUACGGGUUUGUGCUUCCUGCAAAUCAAAUCCUACCGAGUAGCAUAGAGAUCUGGGAAGGUAUGAAAUAUUUGUGGACGAAUAUGUAAGAGGACAAUCUGACAACGGUCGAACCGUUACCUUUGGAGGCACUUAAUAGUAUCCUCACCGUACAAUAUAUGGUAUCAGGUUUCAUUGGUUUUUACUUCUUAACCCCCUUUUAUAGAUACAUGGGUAUCUACCUGGGUACCUAAGGUAUAUAUUAGACACCAAACUACCUCAUAUUGUGCU